CCGCGCGAAGCGUUACCAUGGUAACCAAACACUAUUCAAACUUCAUACCAGCAUUUCUGGCAUUUCCAUUUGUGCAGAUUUAUACGUACUUCAAGAUGUUAAAUAAUUUCUUUGUUAGGUCAAUAUUCCUAACGAGUAAAUUUCCGACAGAUUGCAGAUAUUUCUGACAUCCGUGGUGACGACUGAAUAUAACACCAAGACAAUAAAAUGCUUCCACUAAAAUAGUUUCAUACAAUAGCAAAAUGUCAUCAUCAGCAGAUAUUCCUCCCAAGCCUAGGAGAAGAAAGCACGAGACGCCUGUCAAACCUACAAGGAAGUCUUUUUCAGCCAACUUUCAUUCAAAAUAUUACCAGAAUCAGCAGCAUGGAGACGCAGAACGACCCCCAGAUUUGCAAGACAGCGACACGAGGUCGGAGAGAGUCAGCAAGAAACACCUUAAAAGAGAAAACGCAAGGUUGAAAUCUGAGAAUCAACAGUUGGUGAGCAAGUUCCAGGAACUAGAAGAACUAUCAGUCAACAAGAUUUUAAGAUUAAAGGAAAAAAUUGGAAAUAUUCAGGUUGACAACGCAGAGCUAAACAAACAGAAUUCCGAGUUAAGACUGCAGUAUGAGAGCUUGGUAAUGGUAAACGAUGAUUUGAGACACCAACUAGAGCUGAGAAAAGUAUGCAAGAAAUGUGGAGAUCUGCAGAGUAUUCUAAAUACGUACAAGGCUGAUAAUCAUUUACUCAGGAAGGUCAAUAAGGAGCUGAACGAAGAUUUGGAGAUGACCAAAACCGUUAUCUAUAGACUGAACGUACAGUUGGAACGUUACCAAGAGGUUCUUCGAAAUAACAACUUAAUCGCUCCCAAGUUGAAUUUCAAAGAAACAUCGAAACCAGAAAACUUGGACGGUCUUCCAGAAUCUACAAGUGAUGAAAUUCUUUCAGAGGUACACAGGACACAUAAGCACACUCCGAUAUCCUGGGGUAGUGUUAAUACACACACCUUAGGACCACUUUUAGACGCAUACGAAGACACUAUUAAAGAGAAAGACGAGAUAAUCCAGAACUAUGAAGUGGAAUUUUCCAAUUUUACAGGAAGGCUCAAAGAGAUCGUUGCCGAAAAUGAGCGUUUGCAUGAGCGACUUACACAAGAUGUGGGAUGCAGUACGAAAUUGAAAGAAGAAGUAGUUAAUUUGAAAAACGAACUUCAGAUGAUGAAGAAUGAAAACGAUGCCUUGAUAAAAAAGUGUGCUUUGAAGCAGGAUAAGAUCGAAGAGAUUUUGAAAACUUAUGAAGCGAAAGUUGGUCAGAUGACGAGAGAUUUUGAUGUGUUACAUGAAGAAUACAUUCGAAUCAAAACAGAAAACGCUACACUACAUGAAAAGAACAAGCAUAUCAUCGAAGCACAAGAGGAUAUUAAGAGCCAAAUGGAGAACUACAUUCCGAUUUCUGUCCAUACAUCUAGUGUGAAUGAGUGUAAAAAAUGGUAUGAAGAACUGAAGCAACAAUACGAAAAGGAAAAAGAAAAAUUGUUCACCACUAUCGACAACCACGUGAAAACAAUUAAAAGUUUGAACGAUGAAAUCGAUAACUCGAAAAAAAUGAAGCAAGACUACGAAACCAAAACCGGUCAAUUGGAAAAACACAUUAAGAAACUGGAAGCAAAACAGCUAGAGUUAGAGCAUAUUUUGAAUCAAGUACAAUUGUCCCGAAGCGCUUUGCGAAAACAGUUGCACAAAGCCAUGUGUUUUGCCAAAGAGCUGGUUCAAGAACAAGAAACGCUGCUAACAGCUCUCAAUCAAAGGAAUUUGGAAAAUAAAGCUGUGAAAAAGAUUGGAUCGGACACUGCCGCUAGGAUGGACACGUUAAAAGUCAACUUCGGGAUGUUCAGAGGAGUGCUCUACAAGAAUUAACAACCGUUGAGCACACGAUCCAGGAGCAAGCUCAUCUCAUUGAUACUAUGAAGGGACAGCAUGAAAAGGAGAUAGAGAAACUGAAACAAAUCAUCAAAGAGAGAGAAGAAACUAAGCUCUUGGUAAAGUCAACGGAUCUGAGCGGGAGUGUCCCAAUGCCACAUUACGCAUUGUUUAAGGAAAAAUAUACCUAAUUAUAGAAUUUGUAGAUGUUUGUAUACUAAAGUUUUGGUAGCAUCACAUGUAACGAAAUAAAGGGAAAUACCAAAC